AUGAGCAACCCUUUGGUGUAUUUCGACAUGACCAUCGGCGGCCUCGCCGCGGGCCGCAUCGAGAUGACGCUGCGCGCCGACGUCGUGCCCAAGACGGCGGAGAACUUCCGGUGCCUCUGCACGGGCGAGAAGGGCAACGCGCCGUCGGGCAAGUCGCUCCACUUCAAGGGCUCGUCGUUCCACCGCGUCAUCACGGGCUUCAUGUGCCAGGGCGGCGACUUCACGCGCGGCAACGGCACGGGCGGCGAGUCGAUCUACGGCGCCAAGUUCGCCGACGAGAACUUCCAGCUCAAGCACACGGGGCCGGGCACGCUGUCCAUGGCCAACGCCGGCCCGGGCACGAACGGCUCCCAGUUCUUCCUCUGCAUCGUCGCCACGCCCUGGCUCGACGGCAAGCACGUCGUCUUCGGCUCCGUGACCAAGGGCAUGGACGUCGUCCGCGCCAUCGAGGCCGUCGGCUCGCAGCAGGGCAAGACGUCCAAGACGGUCCUCAUCAACGACUGCGGCCAGAUCGCGUAA